AUGCAAAAAGCCUGUAGUUCUUCGUGCAACCAGAGACAGUCCAUUGUUGAGAAGAGCACAAUGAAGAGUAGCACCAGCAGAGACAGGACCAGCAGAGACAGGACCAGCAAAGACAGGACCAGCAGAGACAGCACCAGCAGAGACAGGACCAGCAGAGACAGGACCAGCAGAGACAGGACCAGCAGAGACAGGACCAGCAGAGACAGGACCAGCAGAGACAGGACCAGCAGAGACAGCACCAGCAGAGACAGCACCAGCAGAGACAGCACCAGCAGAGACAGCACCAGCAGAGACAGGACUCACGCAUUUCGGGACACAGAGCUGCCAACUCUCACCAGGGACAGCACCAACAGGGACAGCACCGGCAGAGACAACACCAGCACCAGCAGAGACAGAACCAGCAGAACCAGCAGGGACAACACCAGCAGGGACAACACCAGCAGAGACAGCACCAGCAGGCACAACACCAGCAGAGACAGCACCAGUAGAAACAGCACCAGCAGUGAUAGCUCCAGCAGGAACAACACCAGUAGGGACAGCACCAGCAGAGAGAACCAGCAGGCACAGCACCAGCAGGGACAGCACCAGCAGAGACAGCACCAGCAGGGACAGCACCAGCAGGGACAGCACCAGCAGGGACAGCACCAGCAGGGACAACACCAGCAGGGAAAGCACCAGGCAGAGACAGCACCAGCAGGGACAGCACCAGCAGAUACAGCACCAGCAGGGACAGCACCAGUUGGAGCAGUGUAUUAG